AUGACUCGCGCGGCGGCUUUCGCAGCCUUCCUCUUGGUAGCCCCAGUAAUUUCACUUCCAGUAACAAAUCCAACUACUGAAGAUGACACCAAGGUGAUGACAUGCAUUGCUGAGGUUAUUUCUAAUACAGUAGCAAAGCCCAAACCACUCUCAAUCAGCCAAGAAUGCCUAGAAACUCUCCAAGGAGAUGAAAGAAUUCGUUCCAUUCUUCGCCAUCAAAACUUACUAAGGGAGCUUCAAGAGAUUGCAGUUCAAGGAGCAAGCGAAAGAACAGAGCAGCAGAAGAAAAACAGUGGAUUUGAAGAUGAGCUUUCUGAAGUCCUUGAAAGCCAAGGCAAUGGGAACACAGAAAGAGAUCCAUCAGAGGGGACCCACAAUGAGAAGCCAACUGCCUCUUUGGCUGAGCUGGAAACGGAAAAGUCUUUUCAGAAUAAACAGGAUGUUUUGAAAGAGGAGAGAAAUAGCUUGGAAGAAAGAGAGCCAAGGAUUCGAGGUGUUGAUCCUGAGGAUGAAAAGGAGAAUAUAACAGGGUUUGAGGGCAAUGAAGUUGAUGAAAUGGAAGGCUUGCCUUGGAGUGAUGCAAUAGACAAUCAUAUCAGUGACAUCAGGCAAGAUGAUGUACUUAAGCCGACACACCAGGAAGAUGAAAAAGUUGCAGAGACAGAGGAAUCUGAGGAUGAGGAUGAGCAUGUUUUCAAAGAGAGUCAGGAAGAAAGGAAGGAGGAAGAAGAUGGCAAGAUCAGAGAGCAGGUUGAGAAGGAAGAAGAGGAUGAAGAAGAAAAGGAUGAAGAAGAAGAGAAAGAGAGGAAUGCUUCUGAAGAGGAACAUCCUACCAAUUCAGAUAAUGUGGAUGAUCAAAGGGAAGAUGAUAAUCAAGAUGAUGGCAAAUAUUUCUCAGAAGAAAAAGAUAAAUAUCAUAAUGUGAAAAGUAGAGAGCAUCGCUUUCUAGAUGGAACAAGGCAGGAUGAUGACUCCUCCCAUGACAGCGAUUCCAAAAGUGAAGAGAUGGAAAAAACCUCUUUCCAAGAUGUAGAAGAUGCUAAGAGAUGGAACAAGAUGGAUGAGCUGGCCAAACAACUGACUACUACAAAGCGUGCAGAGGAGAAUGAAAGUGAUGAAGACCCAGAUAGAUCCAUGAAAAUGGCUUUCAAAUCCCACAACACAGUUGACUUCCAUAACUCUCCAGAAGAUGAAGCAAGGAGGCUUCAGAAGCAUCAUUCAAAAGAGGACAGUGAACAAGGUUUUCCACUUCUUCCCAUACCUGAAGAAAAAAAGGAUGAAGAGGGAAGUGCAAACAGGAGGACAGAGGACCAAGAACUGGAAAGCUUGGCUGCAAUUGAAGCGGAACUGGAGAAAGUUGCCCGCAAGCUCCACGCCCUGAGAAGAGGUUAA